AUGUCUAAGAAAUGGAGUAAGAGGUGGCCUGACAUUGACCAGCCUUGGCCAGUGGAAGGUACCCUUAAUCCUGAAGUGGUUAAAACAAUGCACGUGCUAGUGUCCACUUAUAAGGCAGAGCAAAAGAAAGGAAAGAAGGGAAAGAAGAGAAACAACCGUCCAAGCAAGAGUCCUUUUGGGGGUCACGUUGUGCUGUAGUUUAAUUUAGUUAUUAAGCUGUAGCACAGUAAUAGAUAAUUUUAGUUGUUUGCCAAGUUAGAUAAGUUAAGUUAGAGUAAGUUAAGUUGUUCAGUUAUGAUAAGUUAAGUUAGAGUAAGUUAAGUUGUUUAGUUAUGAUAAGUUAAGUUAGAGUAAGUUAAGUUGUUUAAUUAAGAUAAGUUAGAAUAAGUUAAGUUGUUUAAUUAAGAUAAGUUAGAGUAAGUUAAGUUUAAGUUAAGAUAAGUAACAACAAGUUAAGUUGUUUAGUUAUGAUAAUUCAAGUUAAGUUAGAAUAAGUAAAUACACUGGCUCUUCCACCUGCUCUUUUCCAGCUCCACCCUCUCCUCUAAAUUUGGCUGAAGUUAAAUUAUUAGGAAUAUUGGGUUGUUUGUUAAUUCUGCAUUAGUUAGUCUCCAGCUCCUCAGCAGCAUCUCCUCUCCUCCUCCAAUAAAAGCCUCCGGCAUCCUGCUCUGCAUUUAAGUCAAUGACAACAAAUCCCUCGCUCCGCUCCAGCUCCUCCUCUCGCACUGGCGACUAAAAAAAACAAAAAAGCUUCAAUUAAAGGCAGGAAAAAGGACUUCACCUUGGACUUUUUGGGCAGAACUUCAAAAGUCCUUGGUUGUGUUGUGUGGUUAUUUAUUUUGAUGUUAUGUGUUGGGAUGUUUUGUGUAGUGGCGCAGUUUUAGUAUAGUGUCUUGAGAUGUGUUGUUUUCUUCUGUGUGUUGUGUUGUCGUGUGUGUGUUUGUGUUGUGAUGUGUUGUGUUGUGUCACGUUCUUUCGCAGGACCUCUUUACUUGAUUUAUUCACUUAGUGGGUAAGUGAGUCUAAAGGUGAGUUUGGUUCCUCCAGAGUCAUUGUUAACAUGAAACAAAGUCAGUGUAGGACCCAUUUUCUUUUUGUUUUUUUUUAGGAAAAGGACCUCAAUUGAGAAGAAACCCCCAGAAGAGCCGAGCACGAGACAGAAGACGCAGGAGGACCAAACAUACAAGAGACAGGCCCAUGAAGAGAGAGACGAAGAAAAGAUGAAUGAUGGAUGUACUGUGUGUUUCUGGGAAUUUGAAGGUAAAUAACUCUAUAACUACUUAAAAGGUUCGGCUUUUAAGAAAAAAAUACACCAUUUUAACUGAAGGGCUGAAAUUCAUGUUUGUUUCAGGUAACUUCAAAGAGUCAAACGCCUAAAAUGACUCCAGAGGAGGCCAAAGAUGACGACCAACUCCGUGAUGCAGAAGGAGAUUGAAUGAACAAGACGACGUGGAGAAGUAAAGUAAGUAAAGUUUGAUGAAUGUGUUUGUUUCAUUAAACUGUUGUCUUUGUGUGCUGCUCUAUUGACCUGCAUUUUCUUCAUCUUUCAUCUCCUUAUAUUUAUCUCUAUACAACAGACACACGCAAGGAUGAGAGUGAAGAUGAUGAGCAGCCGAAAAAAGAAGAUAAGAUGAGAACAGCAGCAAAGAUGGUUAACAUGAUUACAUUACAAGAGUUUCAGGGCAUGAAGGUACACUGA